ACCAGCAUAGAUCAGUUUGUUUUUGAAAAAUUCUUGCCUUUCCUUUUUCAUGCUCUGUUUCUCUCAACCAAGCAGAGUAAACACCAAACAUAUGAACAAAACCAUCAAUGUUCUAUUGAUUGUUUGUUUCUCCAGAAGGUUUCUUCUCUUUCCCGAGAAAGUUUCGUCCUUCCCCAGAAGUUCAAACCCGGUAUGGAUGCGAGAAAAGGCGGGGCGGAGAAGAAACGAACAAACGACGUCGUUUUGCAGAUUUCGAGCACGGAAAAAGGAACAGCUUCUGGGUCUUCUCCGAAAGUGUCGAAAGACUCCAACUUUGAGCUAACAGAGCUAAAGCCUCCGAAAGUCCCAAGUCCGACCAACCCAGUUUCAGUUUCUCGGCGGGCGUCGAUUUCGAGGUCGACUUUCUCGAAGCCCAAGUCCAGACUAGUUGAGCCACCACGUCCCGGUGAUCCCAAAUCGGCUGAAGAGAAAUCUCGGUUGAAAUCAGACACAAGUUCUUCUCUUUCAAGCUCGCCUAAUGUAACUUCUUCCCCAAGCAACAAAGUCAAAGUCUCCACUCCUAAAGAACACCAGAAAUCAGCUCCGGUAACUCCCAAAACGCCUCUGAUUUCAACACCACCGGGAGAGGAAGAAGAAGAAGAAGACGAUGAUGAUGAAGAUGUGUACAAAACAGCCGAUCUCAAGGGGAGACAAGAGGCAAGUAAGAAGAGGAGAAAAGUGAAAGUUACUCUCUUGAUUGAGUGGGUUUCGUUUGUUUGCAUAGUGGGGUUUUUGAUUCUUAGCUUGACUUUGCAUGAAUUGGAAAAGAAAUUGGUUUGGGGAUUGGAAUUGUGGAAAUGGGGUGUCUUGGUUUUGGUGAUUUUUUGUGGUAGAUUGGUCACUGAGUGGUUUAUCAAUGUUUUGGUUUUCUUGAUUGAGAAGAACUUUUUGCUUAAAAAGAAGGUUUUGUAUUUUGUUUAUGGGUUGAAGAACAGUGUGCAGGUUUUUAUAUGGAUAGGUUUGAUACUUUUGGCUUGGGGUUUGUUCAAUCGUGGGGUGAGGAGGUCUAGAGGAACUACCAAGGUUCUUAAUUAUGUUACUAGGGGUUUAGCUUGUUGUCUUAUUGGAGCAGCUAUAUGGUUGUUGAAGAAUUUGUUCAUUAAAUUGUUGGCGUCUUCUUUUCAGUGCAAUAGAUUCUUUGAUAGGAUUCAGGAAUCACUCAUUCAUCAGUAUGUUCUGAGGGUACUUUCCGGGCCGCCAUUGAUGGAGAUGGCGGAAAGAGUUGGGAAGACGCCGAGUACGGGACAGCUGAGUUUCCGAAAUGUGAAGAAGGAAAAGGGUGAGGAGAAGCAAAAAGGGAAAGAAGAGGUGAUUGAUGUGGAUAAGCUCAAGAAGAUGAAACCAGAGAAGGUUUCUUAUUGGACAAUGAAAGGGUUGGUUGAUGUGAUCAGGGGUACUGGAUUGACUACCAUUUCGAACAUAUUGGAAGACGAGGAGGACGGGGAUGCCCAGAAGGAUGAGGAGAUUACUUCUGAGUGGGAAGCAAAGGUUGCUGCUUAUCGGAUUUUUCAUAAUGUUGCCAGGCCUGGUAGCAAGUACGUUGAUGAAGAAGAUCUCUUGCGCUUCCUGAGUAGAGAGGAAGUGGAUCUUUUGCUUCCGAACUUUGACGGAGCAGUAGAAACCCGUAAAAUCAAGAGAAAAACUUUGAAGAACUGGCUGGUGAAGGUUUACCUUGAACGCAAAUUGCUGGCUCAUUCAUUAAACGAUACCAAGACAGCCGUAGAGGAGCUGAAUAAGCUUGUCUCUGUGAUUGUAAUUGUGGUAGUCAUAAUUCUCUGGUUGCUCUUGAUGGGAUUCUUGACCACCCAAGUACUUGUAUUCAUUUCAUCCCAAACUCUGCUGGUUGUAUUCAUGUUCGGUAACACUGCUAAGACCGUGUUUGAAGCCAUCAUAUUUGUAUUUGUGAUGCACCCAUUUGAUGUGGGAGACCGCUGCGUCGUUGAUGGAGUACAGCUGGUUGUUGAAGAGAUGAACAUUUUGACAACGAUCUUCUUGCGAUUUGACAAUGAGAAAAUCUUUUAUCCGAAUAGUGUUUUGGCAACCAAACCCAUCAGCAAUUUCUACAGGAGUCCAGAAAUGGGUGAUUCUGUUGAAUUUGCUGUUGAUUUCUCUACGUCGAUCGAGACUAUUGCAGCUUUGAAAGCCAAAGUAAAAGCGUACCUGGAAAGCAAACCUCAAUACUGGCGUCCUGCUCACAGCGUGGUGAUUAAGGAUAUUGAGGAUGUCAACAAGAUGAAAAUAGGUCUUUACGUCACGCACACCAUCAAUUUCCAGAACUACGGCGACAAGAGCAGCCGAAGGUCUGAACUGGUGCUAGAGUUGAAGAAAAUUUUCGAAGAGCUCGGAAUUAAAUAUCGGCUGCUGCCUCAAGAAGUUCAUGUCAGCUAUUUCAGUUCAGCUUCUUCAGCAGUCUUAUUGCCACGGCAGUGAUCUUUUUCGAUUCUCCUUUAACCUUGCAAAUUAAGGAGGUGGGCUAGAGCGUGGCAAAAAGAAAGUGCGUUGUAGAUCAAGCAAAGAGCUCUUUAUUUAGUUGGUAAUACAAUUCUUUUUAAGUUUUAGAUUUGUAAACAGAAUGCCAUGUUUGCAAUUCAUAUUUGAAAGGAAUAAGAGCCGCAAAAUUAUGAUGCUGUGGGUGUCUGAGUCUGAGAGAUGGGAAACGAGAUUUUGGUACCUAAGAUUAUUUGUUGAGAUUUUUGUCAGUUCAUGCUAGCCUUGAUAGUCCAAUUUUGUAAAAAUCAUGUUCAGUGUCGGUUUUUUUUUUUUUUUUUUUU